AUGUCGAGAGCCUCGAAUGAUGUUGGACCCAAACUUCGGGAAGAGAAGCACUUUAACGAUUUUUAUCCAGACCUUGAUGCUAAUGACCUAAUCCCAAUACUCGUCAGCCAAGAAACAGAUCAAUCACAGAGUGUGGAUUCUCAGGAUGAGAUAAUACGCAAGCAACACUACAAGCAAUUGAUAUUCAAUGGUUCAAUUACCGUGGAACCAAUAACAAUUACGAAACAAGCCACAGAUGUUCAACAGAUACCGUACCCUGUGAAUGACUUUGCAACUUUUAUAGAUGCCAAAAGAUAUUCAAAGAAAUCUGUUGGGAAUACACUAAUUAGUAAAUUUUAUUCACAAGACCAUAUUCAAGGUAAGACCAAGAGGCGGCAGCAGAGAAUAAUUAAUGCACAUGACAGUGAUAAGAUAUAUAAGGACAAAUUUAUGACUCACAGUAACCAAAUUAAGAGAGAUAAAGCAAUACAAUCACACUUUGAGGCCCUAUCACCAAACUUGUCUGGGUUUAUUCCUCAAUAUGAUAUGGACGAACAGGAUGCACUAUAUCUAGAGUUUCUCAAUCAAUCACUGGGGGAAAAAUACAUAACAGCGGAGGUUUUUGAGAUAAUAAUAACCAUACUUGAACUAGAAUGGUACCAUUUGGAUAAGCAUAUCCCACCAAAAAUCACAGAUACAAAUGAUAGUCAAUUGAACUCGAUACAACACCAUGCAAACAAAGUUAGAUAUGAAUUAUACGGUUCAGAUGAUGGUACCGGUCUAACAUCUGAUCAAGCAUGUGCUGUUUGUGAUGGAACUGUCAGCACAACAACUAAUAUGAUUGUCUUUUGUGAUGGAUGCGACAUAGCCGUACACCAAGAAUGCUAUGGUAUCGUCUUUAUUCCCGAAGGCCAGUGGUUAUGCAGGCGGUGCUUUAUUUCAAGAAACAAACAAGUAAACUGUGUGACAUGCCCAAGUACUACUGGUGCAUUUAAACAAACUCAUACAGGCUCAUGGGCCCAUGUUCUCUGUGCAUUAUGGAUUCCAGAAUUGGUAUUCGCGAAUCUUCAUUAUAUGGAGCCUAUUGAAGGUGUUGAAAAUAUUAAUAAAUCGAGAUGGAAACUUGUUUGUUAUAUAUGCAAACUCAGAGUAGGGGCUUGCAUUCAAUGCUCAAAUAAGAACUGUUUUGCUGCAUACCAUGUUACGUGUGCCAAAAGAGCGGGCCUCUGUUUGGAUACACAUGAUACAAGUAUUGCUGAAAUGGCUUCAAAACAUUAUCAAAUGCAUCACCAUGUUACAUCUUACUGCGACAAGCAUUCUCCUCCAGGCUGGCCUUCCUGUGCCGAAGGGAUUAUGAAAACACGCAGAUACUUUGCUAAUAGAGAUGCAAUCUCGGAGGUUUCUAAAGAGAAGCAACUGAUUACAAAGGGAGUUAAUUCAGAAGACAAGAACUCUGCUCACUGGAAGACCAAUAAAGGCACGCCUAUUGCACCGAUGUACUUUACUCAUAUUAUUCAAAAAGUGUUGGUUAUGUUUGACAUUUCUAAUGAGAUACCUUUGAGUAUAUUAUUAUGUAAAUAUUGGGCAAUGAAAAGAGAGUUGAGAAAAGGAGCUCCAUUAGUACGUGUUCAUACCAAUCUUUCCUAUAACUCCCAAAAUGAGAGUUAUCUAAAUGAUCGAAUUCAGUUUAUCGACUCUCUUUUAGGUGAUUUACAAUCAUUGGGCAAUAUUUCGAGAUUAAUAAAGGAAAGGGUGAAUGCUACGAAGUCAUUCAGAGCAACUAAUAAAAAGAUCAAUGAAGUAUUUACCAGCCCCAAGGAAUAUUUCUUCAGGAGGAAUGUACUUUCGAAAUUUCUGCAUUUUAAUGCCUUUACAUCACUUCUAGCAUUAUUGGACAAACAUACUAUAGUAGAUCAUUCUGUAAACGCUUUAAGAAAUUCGACCUCAGCAACAUUCAUUGAAAAUGUCGAAGCUUUUGUGAAUUUUGCUUCAACUAAAUUGGAUGAAACCAGACUCACUUCUGAUUAUAUCCAUAGAAUUUCAAAUUAUGCAAAAGAGUUGUCAGCCCAGUUUGAUAAGGUCGAUUAUGAAAGAGAAAUUAAUAUGGAUUUCGAAGUGAAUAAGGAACAUGAUAAACUUUCGGUCUCCGAAAGACUAUGGAAAGGUCCCAUCUUGCAGCAAGAAGAAGGUUUAUCCGAUGUAGAGGAGUUAACCCCAUCAGAGUCGCGCAUUGUAAACAAUUUGCCGAUUGAAAAAGAGAAACCUACAAAGGUCAAAAGAAGAAAAAAGUGGAAGAAAUCCUACUAA